AGUAAUACAGAACCACAACUCCCCUCCCAGAAACCUGAGUCCCCAGGAGGGGCUCUCAACCACCCCUGCACCUUCCCCCUACCCCUCUCAACCUUACCCCAGUCCUAAAGAAGAAUAGAGGUGCAGCCAAGAGGUUAAGAAGCAAAGGUGAGUGGCAGGUGAGGUUAGGGAGAUGCAGCUCAGUCAAAGUCCAGCCCAAGAGUGAAGUCAAAAUUGGUGAAAGUGUUAUCUAUUGUUUACCCUUCUUGUUCCCAUACAUCUCAGUGAGACUGUGAGGGGAGUAGACAUUACCAAUGGUUUUCUUUUCAUAGCCUAUGAUCUACUUUUUCUCACCAAAAUAUUCUACCCUGCUUCAAACUAGCACAGCCAACAUUGAUGGGAUGAAUUUCAACAAGGCCAAGUGCCAGGUCCUGCACUUGGGUCACAACAACCCCAAGCAACACUCCAGGCUUGAGGCAGUGUGGCUGGAGAGCUGCUGGCAGAAAGGGACCUGAGGAUUGUAAUAGACAGGAGCCGAAUGUGAGCCAGCAGUGCGCCCAGGCGGCCGAAUGUGAGCCAGCAGUGCGCCCGGGCGGCCGAAUGUGAGCCAGCAGUGCUCCCAGGCAACCGAAUGUGAGUCAGCAGUGCUCCCAGGCGGCCGAAUGUGAGCCAGCAGUGCUCCCAGGCAGCCGAAUGUGAGUCAGCAGUGCUCCCAGGCGGCCGAAUGUGAGCCAGCAGUGCUCCCAGGCAACCGAAUGUGAGUCAGCAGUGCUCCCAGGCGGCCGAAUGUGAGCCAGCAGUGCACCCAGGCGGCCGAAUGUGAGCCAGCAGUGCGCCCAGGCGGCCGAAUGUGAGCCAGCAGUGCGCCCAGGCGGCCGAAUGUGAGCCAGCAGUGCGCCCAGGCGGCCGAAUGUGAGCCAGCAGUGCGCCCAGGCGGCCAAGAAGGCCAAUGGCAUCCUGGCUUAGAUUAGAAAAGCUGUGUCCAGCAGGAGCAGGGAGGGGAUUGUCCCUUUGGACUCAGCUUUGGUGAGGCCACACCUUGAGUAUCGUAUUCAGUUUUGGGCACCGCAAUACAGAAGAGAUGUGAAGGUGCUGGAGUGGAUCCAAAGGAGGACACAGAAACUGUGAAGGGCCUGGAGAAUAAAUCCAAUGAGGAGCAACUGAGGGAGCUGGGGAUGGGUAGUGUGAAACAGAGGAGGCUGAGGAGCAACCUCAUUGCUGUCUACAACUACCUGAAGGGACAUUGUGGAGAGGCUGCUGCUGGCCUCUUCUCACAGGUAACUGGAGACAGAAGAAGGGGGAAUGGCCUCAAGCUGAGGCUGGAGAGGUUUAGAUUGGACAUUAGAAAAAAGUUUUUCACUGAGAGAGUGGCCAGGGACUGGAAUGAGCUGCCCAGGGAGGUGGUGGAGUCACCUACCCUGGCUGUGAUGCAGUGCUUAGGGAUCUGCUUUAAGGUGAAUCCUGUAGAGUAAGGUUAUAGGUUGGACUUGGUGCUCCUGAGGGGCUUUGCCAACCUGCAUGUUUCUGUGUUUCUGUGAUUCCAUGAAGCCCACAGCAUCCCCUGGACCCCACUCCUGCAGUGUGGGAAGGAGCCCAUGACUUCAGGGAGGAGGGAGCUGUCCUUGAACAAGAAGGACAUUGAACAUGGUGGCACCCUGGAACAGGGCAUCAAAUUGUUCCCACUUGUAUCCAGCCCUGGCCAUUACCAUAACCAUCCAGGGAAUACCCCUCCAGCAGCUGCCCCUCGCCUCUUCCCUCCCCUAGCCCCUCCGGUCCUGCCGGGGCGGGGCCGGGGUGGAGCCGGGACAGCAGCGGGCGGCGGCGGGGUCCGGGCGGCGGCGGCGGCGAUGGGCGGCGGGGCACGGGAGCUGGCUGGGUACCUGGCGGCUCUGUGCGGCUGGGUGGCGGCGCUGGCGGCAGCGGCAUUGCCUCAGUGGCGGCAGAGCUCGUACGCAGGGGACGCGAUCAUCACGGCCGUAGGGCUGCAUGAGGGGCUGUGGAUGAGCUGCGCCGCUCAAAGCACCGGGCAGGUCCAGUGCCGCCUGCACGAUUCGCUACUCUCCCUAGACGUUCACAUCCAGACUUCCCGGGCUCUCAUGGUGAUUUCUCUCCUCCUGGGCUUCUUUGGCAUCAUCGUGAGCGUGGUGGGCAUGAAAUGCACCAAAGUAGGUGAAGAGGAUCCUGUUACCAAGAGCCGCAUCGCUGUUGCUGGAGGUGUCCUCUUUGUUCUUUCUGGUCUGUGCACAUUGGCUGCUGUGUCCUUGUACGCAACACAGGUGACCUACGAGUUCUUCAGAGAGAGCAGCGUCCCCAUCAAUGCCAGGUAUGAGUUUGGCUCAGCUCUCUUCAUCGGCUGGGGCGCCGCCAGCCUCACCAUGCUCGGAGGGUCCCUCCUGUGCUGCUCCUGCCCUGCCAAGGCCCGCCAAGGCCAGCAGUACUACCGGCAGUCACAGCCUUCCAUGUCUCGGGAACCCCCUCUCAAAUUGUCUUCAGCUGUCGGGGGAGAGCCGGGCUCGUAGCCUGGCUACACCCAUUGGGUGCUUGAGUGACUGCACCUAGCUGACGGGGUUCCCCUCCCCAAACACCCCCAAAGCUGCUGCAGUGAGGAAGGAAAAUCCUGCUCUGUAACAACAAGAAAUCAGCCCAAAGUCGUUCCACACCGUGGCACUGCCCAGGAGGGUUUUGUUCUUUUAAUAGGAAAUGACACUAACUUUUCUAUGGGGCAUGGUCAGGAGAAUGGGGCUGGGGGGAAGCUAAAUGCAUUUUUUUGGUCAGUUAUUUGUACUAAAAAUUGUGUCUCGGUGGGAUUAAAAUAUUCCCCAUUACGGGCA